AAAGGGAGGAGGGAUCACUUGUCAAGAAUGCCUUAGAAGAGUUGUGAAAACAGCCAGCCGAGAAGGAGAGCCAUGCAGUUGCGGAUGCAGCUUUCACACCAAGCCACAAGCCAGUCUGAUCAUUGACAGCGAGCGAGCGAGAGAGAGAGAGCGAUAGAGAGAGAUGAGAGCGAGAAAGUGGAUGUAUGUGUGUGUGUCGGUGUGUGCGUGAGGACCAGAGGCUCCAGAGGACGUCAUACACUCCCAGAGAGAGGGAAACACACUGCCGGAGGAAGGCGUCCAUCCUCACACGUUGUGGGACUGUAGGAAGAGUCAACAAGUUAGCAGCCCCUGACACAUUCCCAGUGUGUCUUCCAGUAGUGGAUGCAGUGAGUCCAUGAUGUGCAUCUGAAGCCUACAGUCAGCUGAAGUGGAUAUAGCACUGACCGAGCUAGACAUUUUCCCCCCUCCUUCAGCUCUCUCCGGAAGUGCUUCCUUCGUGACAAGGACUUUACUGAAAAGCGGCGUGAUUCUCUGAAAAAAAAACCCAACAACAUUUGAGUUGCGUGUGAGGCAUUUGCGUUUAUUUCGCCAUGGAUCAGCCAGCCAGCAGCUGCAUGCGAAGCGCCCAUCCCAGCAGCCCCAUCUGGGGUUGCAUGAGGAACCCUCACUCGGGGGUCCCGGGAGCCGGUCUCCAGUCGCCGUAUCAGCAAGCCACCUUCUCCUUGCACCAGAAACCUGAGUUCCUGGCCUAUACAGACUUCUCCAGCUCCUGUCUGGUGCCUGCCGCGCCCCACGCGGCGUACCCCCGCGACGACAGACUGUAUCAGGAGAGCCACACCUCACCAGCAGGCUACCAGAGGGCCGACUGGCAGUUCAGCCCCUGCGAGACGCGGGUGAGGGCCGAGGCCUGCCCGCCGGUUGCCCCGGUGUCGGUGGGCGGCGGCGGGGGUGGAGGGGUGGGCGCAGGGACGGAGAUGGACAGUGCAGGUGGAGACAGGCUGCCAGGGGCCGUGGCCGGGUGUCUGGAGGGAGAGUACUCGCCGCAGAGCGUGGCAUCGGCUGACUCGGACAAGAAGAGCUCCAAGAGGAAGAGGGAUGUCACAGAUAUCCAUGACUCCAGCUUUAAGGUGGAUUCCAGCUGCAAGGCCAGAAAGGAGCGCACGGCGUUCACCAAGGAGCAGCUGAGAGAGCUGGAGGCAGAGUUUACCCACCACAACUACCUGACCAGGCUCCGCCGCUACGAGAUCGCCGUGAACCUGGACCUCACAGAGAGACAGGUUAAAGUGUGGUUCCAGAACAGGAGGAUGAAGUGGAAGAGGGUGAAAGGCGGCCAGUCCGCCUCGCCCAACGACAUGGAGAACGAUGACGUGGACUCCGCCGCUUCGCCGAGCUCCGAAUGAGAGAGGAUCUGCGAGGAGACUGGCCUCGGCGAAAGAAAAGCUCCCGAGAUUUGGAUGGCCUCGUGAGGCCGAGGGCAUAGGAAUUUGUUCACAUCAUCCGGACACCGACGCAGCACAGUGGGACCCCCAGAAUCGGAACAAAUUUCGAAUUCCCCUCCCCGUAAAACAAACAAAAAAAACAAAAAAAACCAACAAAAAAAAAACCAUUCGGCAAGACUCCUUUUCUAUUUUGUGUUGUAAAUACUGUAGGCCUUAGUGGAUGAAUGUUGAUAUUAAAAGUCCACCUCAACACAUGAAUAGCACACAAAUGCUCUGUUUGAAAAUGCCAAUUCUUGUCUAUUGACCGUAGUCAGAGAUUAAAGAUGAUAGUUUGCUAUAUUGGCAAGUCUUUUCUCAUUGAAUGUUGCAGAACAAUUACAAAAUUCCAUGCAAUAGCCUCCAGGCCAGCGAUGACAUAUCGGCCCACUGAUGUGAUUGUGUUUGAGUACAUCCCCUUUGGUUCCCAUAUCGUAAUCAUGGUCUUGGACGCUUGACUACAACCACCUGCGAAAACUCUUAACUGCGCAGGAGUUGCCAAACCAUAAGUGCCUUCAAAUCUGAUUUUUCUUUAUUUUAUUUUUUUUUUAUCUUAUGUUGUCAAUUUUUGUUCUUCCCUAGAAUAUAGUUGUUCUUUUUUUGUCAAACAUUUUUGUACUAUUUUCUUACAUUUCGAAUGCUUAUGAUAAAACACAGAUGUUGCCUAUCUCAAAAAAAGAAAAAAGAAAAAAAAAAGAAUAAAUCAUCUGUUACAAAAUGGGGAAAAUAUCUUGAUAAUUUCU